CUAAAUAACAGGUAGGUAUUGCGUGUACAUCGAAAUGAUCUGCAUAGCAAUGUCUUGUCGCCUAGGCAGAGUGUAUCUGCCUCAGCUAUACCUUAUUGUUAGAAGUAAAUAAAUUAAUACUUAUACAUUUUUAUAUUUUACUUGGAAGAAGAUAUGACUCUAACAACACUUAUGAACACUUUAUUUGAAUAAAUCGCCAAAUAUACCACCGCGGAGACCCCAAUCGCGUCUCUGCGUUCCAUUGAAUCGUAUGAGCGUAUGGAUUUUUUGCGUUAUUUUUCACAAUUUCUAUUUUUAAAAUUACCUAUCGAUAGCUUACUUUAUUCUGAUGAAUAUAUGUCAUUACAAGUUUUUCUCUCAAACUGAUAGUUUGGCUAGAAAAAAAUAUUUUCUAUCCACGCAGUACGCCGGCAGCGUUCGGAUCGGAUACAGUGACGUCAACGGUCCCGCGCCGGGCGGUCAGUGAACUUUUUUAGUAAUUUGGCCAUAACUUCGUCAAUUUUUGUCGUAGAACAAAAAUUUUUGGACUGUGUAUUAAGGAUUUCUUAGCCCUAUAAAUCUGCAUUCACAGCUAAAAAUCGAAAUGAUCCUCAUUGUCGAGAAUCGAAUCUCAAAGUCAGAGAGGAGGAACCCAGCUCUUAUUAUAAGAUCUGACUCCGAAGCUGAAAACGGGACUAGACGAGAUCAGGCAAAAACAUCUAAGAAGAAGUCCAACAAUCGAGCCCCGUCAAAGUCUGAUUCAGAAGACGAUCAGCCUUCCAAGCGUAGCAAGGCUAAGACAACCAAGAGGAAGUCGACAACAUCACGAUCUUCAAAAACCGCUAUGCCAAAGAGACGGAACACCAAAAAAGAAGAGGAUCUGUUCGGGCUGGUCUCUGAAGACGAGGAAGACGCAGCUCACGCAAACGCGUCUCGCCGAGCGCCGUCGAGCCAGCUGCCGAGCUCCAUCAGCAGCAAGGUCGCGGACGGGUCGGUGCUGCGGCGCGCGCAGCUGAGCGGCCGCUACUACGCCGAGCUGCGCCUCUACUCCACGCGGGACGCGCUCGACACCCGCCCCGAGACCCGCUACACCAAGGCGCUCGUCACUUUGAAGCUCCAGCUCGACCCGGACCAGCCCGAGUGGGACUUGCUUCAAAAGUUCCUUAGGAGAGCCAAGACGACGUACUUUGCGGAUAGCGUGCCGGUGUUUUAUAAUAAUAAGAUUAACUGAAUUGUAAAUAAAAAUAUACAUAUUAAUUAAGUCUAAUUUACUUACUUAUAAUUUACGUAGGUACUUAAUAAUAAAUGAAUUAAAACCUA